AUGAAACCCAUUCCUUUUCUGUCCUCAGAUUUAGAGCUUGAACGUCGUCAACUGCAUGAAGUCGUUCUUCCUCAACUCCAACGUGACUGGUCAUCUUUGGGACUAGAUAUUCAGUUGUUGGACAUACAGAAUGGAGGGGACGAAGAUGCGAUUAUUGCUCCUCAGGCCAUUGCAAGACAUUUGGAGGACAUAGAAGAAUGUCAUAAAACAUCCUUGGGCUGUUUCUUCUUGUGUCUGAUCGGCAACAAAUAUAGACCAUAUCCUCUUCCCGCUUCCAUCGAUGCCAAAGAUUACAACCACAUCCACAACGCGGCAAUCGAAGCGGGGCUUGAUGCUUCCCUGCUCGACAAUCACUAUCUUCUCGACACAAAUCUUUUACCUCCUCGCUAUGUACUUCAGACUCAACCACAGUCCAGUGGAGGAAAAGAGCCCGUGAGCAAACUAAGGCAGGAGUCUGAAGAAACGAACUGGCCUGAUGAGGAGGAAAAGCUAGUUCGCAUAAUUCAAUACGGCGCACGAUUAGGCAUUCAAGAAGGGCUUAUUGAAGCUGAAGACCAUUCUCAAUCUUAUUUAUUAUCGGGCGUACAUAGACAUUUAAGGCAUGCCAUAAAAUUGAGCAAAACAGAUCCAAGCAAAAUAUUGUGUGUUGUAAGGCAAUUUGAAGGCAUAAAUCUCUCUGACCAAGCAGCUAGCAUAUAUUUCGAUAGUCCGGCACCGGACGGUGUGACAACAGAUGAUGAUAGUACAGCUGGGAUACAGGGUCUCAUCGAAGAUAUCAUCUUACAUGUGGACAGGAAAAACGUUGCUUAUUUUAGCAUCCCUUGGAGCAAGUCUGGAUUGGAUUCAGAAAUUCCAGAACAUGCAGCUUAUUUGAAGACAUUUUCUGAAGUCAUCACUUCAAAGCUCAAAAGCCUUAUCGAUUCUGCCACGAAAAGCUGGGCUCCUAAAUGGGAACUUUUUCCUUCAGUAUACAGGAAAUCUAUUCAGGAAGUGAUGCGUGAAUCUCAAAGUCACCUUCUAAAUAGUCGGCGUUACUUGCGAGAGCUUGGUGUGUCCCAGUCCUUAGAUAGUGACUGUGGGGCUCUGCUUCACAUACAGCAGCUUAUGUUGGGAGAUGACGAAAAGUUGCGACAUUCUCCUAUCAUCGUCUGUGGCAAGGAUGGAUGCGGCAAAUCUACUCUUCUUUCACAAGUAAUAACUUACUGCACAGAAUGGCUUGGUGGUGACGUCAUUCGCAUAGUACGUCAUGUGGGACAGAGCCCAUGCUCGACCUACACAUCCGAAUUAUUACGAAAUCUUUGUUUACACAUCAGUUUAGCUUUCGAUUUUAGCCCAAAACAUCACAGCUAUGAGUUAGGAGAACUAAGCAUUUGGUUCCAAGAUUUACUGAAGAUGGUCGAAGAAACUCCUACUGACUUAGUAAUAGUUUUGGACGAUCUUCACGAAUUACGAUCCCCUGCCAGCAACCAGUCAGCUAUUUUAGGUUGGCUACCAUGGAACCUUCCACCGAACGUCCACGUAGUCGUAUCCAUCAGCGAAGAAGCAGAAGGUGUUCUCCGUUUAUUGCGCUCUCGUUCCUCCACGGGUGACAACUUUGUUCACAUACCGGAUCUUGGACCGUCCGCGGCCAUCAGCAUGCUGCAAUCGAAUUUGAAGGACCGUAAGCAUACCCUCACGACAGAACAAAUGCAAGCGAUCAAAACAAAACUAGCUCAGACCAGUCCUUGUCCUCUGUAUAUUAAGUUGUUAUCGAGGAUAGCUGAGACAUGGCACUCAUGGAUGGAAAUUUCUGAACUUACAAUCCCAAGCAAACUUGAAGAAGUGGUUGAUUUCAUACUCACGGGCCUUAAAGAAAGGCAUGGAUUUAGAACUAUGCGGAAAGUCACAACUUUUCUGGCAUGUACCACUUUUGGAUUGAGAGAAAAUGAAUUGAUCGAUCUUCUGGCAUCUACUGUCGAAACUAUUGAUGAUGUACACAGCAGACAAGUCACAAGACCAGUGACAUGGUUCACGGCGGUCAAGGAAAUGAGAGCACUUCUGAAAGAAUAUUAUGUUGAUCGAAGGCCAUAUCUCCACUGGAGCCAUAAAACGAUUGCCAAAUACAUCAUGAACAAGUACCUGAAGACUUCAAGAGAUCUCCAGGCUUGUUACGCUGAACUGGCCAGUGCCUUUCAACUGGGAUUUCUAAUGGAAAAGGAGAAGGAAGAAAAUUCUGGAACAGAUCCAUCAAAGCGUAAAGACGACUGGUGCGAUAUUCUAAGAGAAAUCGAUGAACUUUGGUAUCAUUUGCUUCGAAGUAGUAAGUAAAUUAUUUCACAAGUUAUUUUAAUAAUUUCUUAAAAUGUUCUGUCUAAAUCUUCUGUUAUAUGCAGAUAUUUUAGCAUACAGAAAAUAUGUAUUAAGGGUAUAGGUUCUCUUUUUGUUGUUUCAAGCCUAAUCAUAGCUAAAAGUAAUAAUUUUUUGAGUAUUAAAUUUUCUACUUAAAACGUAAUUAACUGACCAAUUUUCCGAUUAAUUAUUUUUUUCACAUUUUCUGUUAGAUACUAUUUUUAUU